CCUUGUCUCUUGAGUCCAUAACAAACAGGUCGCAGAUAAGGGGACAGGAGCAACCCUCCUGUGAGUCAGGUCUACUCUAACUUCUCAACGUGACAGUGUCUAUUUCCACGGGGCUGUCGGGGACGCUUUUCAUUGCUCUGUGACUGUAGGAAUUGUGCUUAGUUUGGGGACCAAAGCCGUCAAGCUCCGCUUUUGAACACUUAGAAGUAUUGACGCUGAUGGGACAUGGCGAUGGCCUCUCCAUCAGUAUCAACCGCAGGAUCAGCUACGGCAUCUGACUCAGGCCUCUCCCGCCUGGGGGGCAUCGAGGCCUUGGAGCUGAAGGUGGGGCCGGUGCGGAGGAAUCUCUUUGGGCCCGUGGACCACCAGCAGCUGCAGCAGGACUUCCAGAGGCUGCUCUGCAUGAGUGUGGAGGUGGCCAACAAGCGGUGGAACUUCGAUUUCCAGAGCGACAUGCCAGGAGAGGGCUCCAACAUCAAGUGGGAGGAGCUCAGGUGCCAGGAUGUGCCGGCAUUCUACCACAGUUGCAUGGUGAGGCCGGUGGCGCGGCCCAGAGUCGGGAUGACGAAGGGCAUGAGGCGGACGUCGUCUUCAUCGGGUGAGGAUUCCCCAGUGUCCAGCAGCUCGUGUGGGUCUGGGUCGGGGGAUGAAUACCUGGAGGUGACCACCAGAGGCUGCUACAGGCUGCAACGGCCAGGGAAACGUAGACAGUCCGCCAUCACAGAUUUCUUCAAGGUGAAGAAGAGGAAGCUUCUGCAUUAUAAAGCAUCUUCCCGUCAGUAGAAAAGCACAACGAGACCCAGUGGAGGGCCACCAAGUGGUCCACGUCCCUCCACACGUCACCUCACAUAGAUAUGUCUCAUAUCAUAUGUAUAUAUGUAGCAAUUUGUAACUGACUGUCCACAAGCUCAUACAGCAUGGGCUUAAAAACUCCUCCAACACCACAUACCUUUAAUUUUCAGCACAAGGAAGCUACAGUUUCCGUAGUUAAUCAUGCUCAGACUUUACAACGGUUUUUGGAUAAUUAUCAAUAUUUUUACAUAUAGUGUAUAUAUUCUAUAUACUGUUUUCCUCAGCUGACUAUACUGUGAAAUGAUUUUGAAUGCACUCUUUCAGGAAAUAACAGAAAAUGGGCUUUAGUUCUACGAGGUUAAGUUUCUUCUGAAACAGGCCACGGAUAGUAUUUGACCUCAGUCCUCGACCUUUUUUCUCCCUCUUGCUAAAAGUCAUAAGAGGUUUUGAUUAGAUGAGUUACUAUUCCUGGCCUCGCAUCACACUUAGCCCUUAGUCUCACCCCACGGCUCCAAAAGCUCGAGUUGAGCCAAGGGUCAAAACCUCACCCAGGGUUAAAAAUUUUGGCAGCGCGACUGUGAUUAGCAUCAGGUUAAAGGUCAACGGUGGAGGUUUAGCAAUGAGGUCAUGCGGCCAAACCUGUAUGGUAGUGACUUAAAUUUUGAGUAAUAAUAAUAAUUAUAAUAUUCCAAUUGUGACUAUUUAUUUAUUUUUCACGAUGCUAGAUCAUCGUCUAAAUA